UCGCGAGUUACUAAACUCUCCCCUUCCUUCUUGUUUUCUUCUUCGAUUCAGUCCCUCUAUUCUAUUAUAUAUAGGUCACCUGCUCCCAUUUUUUCUAUUAUAUUUUGUUACUGUUUUACACAUUUUUUAUUUUUUUUCCAUUUUGGUUUCUGGCUUCCUUCUUGAAAGAAUGGCCACUGCUGUGUUUCACCAAGCCUUAGGGACCGCUCAGUCCCAUCAACACCUCCAGAACUCCGGUUCUCGUCUUGAGUUUGGCCAUGCUUCGUUGAAACUGAUAUCUAAAGGUUUUAAGGUUGACAUUGGACUGUCAAGAAGAGGGAGUUAUAGUUCUUGGAAGAAGAAAUUUGGUCUUAUUCAAGCCUCGGCUUCUCAAACUUCAGUGGUUCAACCGGUUUCAUAUCCCCCAAAUAACAGCUCUGAUGAGUUACGAAAGAAAUCAAGUGAAGCAGCUUUGAUACUGAUUAGGCAUGGUGAGUCACUAUGGAAUGAAAAGAACCUCUUCACAGGCUGUGUUGAUGUGCCAUUGACAAAGAAGGGUGUGGAGGAGGCAAUUGAAGCUGGUAAGAGAAUCAGCAACAUACCCGUCGACAUGAUAUAUACAUCAGCCUUGAUACGUGCGCAGAUGACUGCCAUGCUUGCCAUGACUCAGCAUCGUCGCAAAAAGGUUCCUAUCAUUUUACACAAUGAGAAUGAACAGGCAAGGGAAUGGAGUCAAAUUUUUAGUGAAGAUACAAAAAAGCAAUCCAUCCCAGUUGUAACAGCUUCGCAAUUAAAUGAAAGAAUGUAUGGUGAAUUGCAGGGUCUCAAUAAGCAGGAAACAGCAGAUAGGUUUGGAAAGGAAAAGGUGCACGAAUGGCGGAGGAGUUAUGACAUACCUCCACCCAAUGGCGAGAGUUUGGAAAUGUGUGCUGAAAGAGCAGUUGCGUAUUUCAAAGAUCACAUUGAACCUCAACUUCUAUCUGGGAAGAAUGUGAUGAUUGCUGCCCAUGGGAAUUCACUGAGGUCCAUCAUCAUGUACCUUGACAAAUUAACUUCACAGGAGGUUAUCAACUUAGAAUUAUCAACUGGAAUACCAAUGCUUUACAUAUUAAAAGGGGGGAAAUUCAUUAGGAGGGGAAGUCCUGCAGGACCAACUGAGGCUGGCGUGUAUGCAUAUACUAGGAGUUUAGCUCUAUAUAGGCAGAAAUUAGAUGAUAUGCUGCGUUAAUAUGUGCUCACAUACUGGGGGGAUUUACUAUCAUAAUAGCUGUUGGUGUCAUAAAUAAGAAAAUGCAGAAAAGCUAGUUAUGUAAUACGUUUGGGCACAUGUAUAUGGUUAUCUUCCUCAACCAGUAGGAAGGAAAGCUUUCUACUGCUAUUUGUUUAGUUUUCGCGUCAGUCAAGUCUACUGUUUUGAUCAGGUCCUUGCCCAUGUUUCUUCCAGGGAAGAUGUAGGAUUCCUGAUAGUUAGUGAUGUUUAAAUGUUGUAGAAGAUGGACUGAAAUAUGAGUACUGUUCUAUGGUACCUUCUAGCUAUCACAAUGUGCACAAGGUGAUGCGAGGUAAUUUUCCUCAUUUUGUGUUUUGUUUUUUCUGGGCAUGGAUUUGGGUCAUGGAACAUGAUGGAUCUUGUUUGUAGAACUCACAUAUUCGGGUUUAAAUCAAUGGUAAUGAUUUAGUUUUGAAUUCAUAAA